AUGAUGUCCUGGCUCGGCAUCGGCCGCAAGUCGCGUGAGGAUCGCGAACGCGAGCCUCUGCUUCCUCGCUACAACGACGAUACGGCUCUGCAGGCGCGUCUACACGAGAAGCUCCAUUCAUAUCAGAUGCUACGAGCCAUGUCCAAGGACCUCAGCGACUCUGGCCGCGCCUUGGUCAUCCACAUCCGUCUUUGGCUGAAGCAGUUCAUCGAGGUGCUGAUACACAAGAAUGAUCAUGAUCAAAUUCAAGACUUUAUCUGGUACCUGAGUAAAUCUCGUCUGUCCGUCGACACGUACGACAUCAGCGAGCGUGCCUCCCGCAUCAAGGUCAAGGCGGAUGCCACUGCUGCCUACAAAAGCCUUCAGACGGUUGGCUCCCUUCUCCUCACGAACUCUGAUUUCCGCAUCUUUCUCUCCGAUCUGGGCACUGUCGGCCGCGAAGUCUUUCGCGAUACUGCCUUUACGCUAGCCGAUGUUUCUAAACAGGUCGGCAAGCAGGUGGCACCAUCAAAAGAAGACGAAGAAGCCCUCAAGCACCCAAAUGGCGAUUUUCACAAACCGCCAUCGAAAGAUGAGAUCCAGCACGAAGCUGUCGAGGUAUCUUCAGUCGUCGCAGAUGGUGCUGCCAAGGUCGCGAGUGAAGCAGGACAGAGCCUCACAGAGCACAUCACCGGCGAGGAACAGGAAAGUCUAGUGAACCGCCUGAAGAAAUCGGUUCUGAAGCUUCAAAAGACCAGAGACUACUCGGAUUCCGUUUCGACCAUAUCUCUGCUCGUCCGUCGCUACCUCCUCGUCUACUCGCAUGCUGUUGCCGAUGUAGCGCAUGCCGCGGAGGAAGACAUUGACAAGAAUCCCGAAGCAGACAAGGCCUUACACAACUUCUGGCUUUUCCUGUCGUCUCUCGGUGACCGAAAAGAAUGGGACGAAGUGGAGCGCACAUUCAAUGAGGUCGUUGAGCAUGGCCGGAGCGAUCCCGAGUUUGACCAGCUGGUUCGCCAGAUUGGCAACCUUAUCCAAGAUUUGCUGACGGACCCUGACUUCUUCGACCAUGCAGAGGAGAGGUUCAAGGAGCUGCGAGCCAAAUCCAGCCAGCUGACGUCCGAGUCAUCCAUUCGUGAUGCACUCGACGCAUUCCUCGAUCGCUUGCAUCGAGCUUUGCACUCGGUCUUUGAGGAUGCCGACAUCAAGAAACUCGUUCACACGUCCCAACGUAUCAUCAAGAUCCUCUCUCCCGCACACCAAUACACUAACGGGGAGCUCGUUACUGACUCGAUCAAUGUCUUUAUCCCGCUACUCGUCCAGGCCAUCCAAUACGUUCCUAUUCCCCGUCUUGAGGUCUCCACGCCAGCCGUCGAUCUUCUGAUUGAGAAUCUCAUUCUCGAGCCAGGACGCACCAUCAACUCGUCAUCCUUCUUGCCUUUUAAGCUCAACAUUUCGACCAAGAACGACGUCGAAAUCCGAAAGGCUCGCUUCCGCACCACGUCUUCCGUCUCGACUGUUAUGAGAAUCACAAUUUCAGGCCUGUCCAUUGCCGCCGAACAGCUCGGAUACUGGCUUCGUCUUCACUCGGGCAUUCUGCGUCUGGCCGAUGCAGGUAUUGCGGGUUUCCGCCUUGAUGAGCGAGGCAUCGACGUUGCCAUCGACGUCGAGAUUGGCAAGGAGCGUCUAGAAAAGGUCCUAGCGCUUCGUGCUGUUCGCGUCCGCAUCCACCACCUAGACUACGAGCUGUCGAAGAGCAAAUUCUCCUUCUUCGCUUGGGUUCUGAAGCCGUUCAUCCGCCCCAUCGUUCGCGCCGCCCUUGAAGUUCAGAUCGCGCGAUCAAUUGCCGAGGCGAUUCACUUCGCCAACCGUGAAUUCCUCUUCGCCCGCGAGAGGCUCCGUGCCACUCGUAUCGCCGAGCCACAGGAUCUCUGGACAUUCAUCAAGGCCGUCAUGUCCAGACUUGUCCCGGAAGAAGAUCCCGACCUUUUCACGCGCGUGGGUGUGGCCCAGCCCGGCAAGGGCGUCUUCAAGGGAGUGUAUGCGCCUGGCAGUUUGGUCAAGUUGUGGAACGAAGAGGCAAGUCUGGCUCAAGAGAGGGUCUACGAGUACGACCAAGGCGGAUGGCGCAAUGACAUUUUUGACGUCACUGCAACGAGCAUUUGA